AUGACAGAUAUAGCAUUUUCCCACUGUCCUAAUUGUGAGAUGGGGUUCCGCUCCAGACGACUGCUAGAGAAGCACAUGGAAAAAUUCUGCAUCGGACGAGAAAUGCCACAACAUCAUCAGCUUCAAGUGUCAAAGCCAAAAAGACACCAUUUCAGACAUGGCAAGGGAAAUGGGGAACCUGAACACGAGCAACAAGUCUACAACGUUAGUAGCUUUGACCAUGGUGGAAGCGUUUCAAACAACCAGGCCUUGAAGAAACUGACUGAAGAGUUCCACAAAUUGAGGAUAUCACUCGAAGGCACGCUUCCUACAUUUCGGACACUCCAGAAUGAAAACCAAAUACUUCACCAGCAAGAAUACAGUCAGCGUCAAAGGCAAAUGGUGGAAGCACAUGAACGCCAAUUGGCUGAAAUCCAAGCUAGAAACCAACACCUGGAACAGCAAAAAGAUGAGAUUCGUAGACGCCUGUCAGAGCUGAAAUUAGGGAAUUCGUCUACAUCUCAGAUAGAACAGUUGUUGAUGGAGCUGAAUACCCAGGAAGAAAAGAACCAGUUGACUUUGAAUGCACUGAGGGAACAGGUAGAACUUCUGCAGGUAGCAAAAGAGAGCAGAAGGAAGCUGGAUUCUGCCACCAAUAGAAAGAUAGAUAGCACUGUAAAUAAAAUGGACGAGAAUGCCAUCUUCAAGUCUAUGGUGUUUCCAGCAGCUGUUGGGCCCCUCUCUUCAGAGAUACAGAUGCUGUACCUGACUUACCUGCAGAGUGGAGGCAGUGACCACAACAUCCUCCAUCAGAUGUAUGAACUACAGCUGGAGGCCACAGCACUGGAAAAAAAUGUCACAAAGCCUGAACAGAGGGGUAGAAAGAAGAAAUAUGAAGGUAGUCCCAACUCAAAGACUUUGGAUGCAGAGCUCUUGUCCAUUGAGCUAGAGAAUCAACGUCUGGAAGAUGAGAUAUUAAAAAUGAAAAUUCUGAAGGACAGAAGGAGAAUGGAAAAUGGUUCUUUGGACUUAGAGCUGGACAAGUUGCAGCAAACACACAUGGCAGAAAUGGCUCAGCUACAUGCUGAGAUUGGUAGGCUGAGACACAAUACUGAGAGGAGGAAGCUUCAGUGGCCUAGAAGAGGAUCGCCCCUUCUACCACCUCCUAUAGCUCCACCUCUGCCACCUCCUCCUCCUCUUGGGCUCCCUGAUCCUGCCAUCCUAACUAGCAAUAUGGAUCCCAUGGGAUCACGUGCUACAGCUACAACCCAAUACUUUCUGGAUCCCUCUGAUGCACUAGGACCAGCUCCAUAUGAUCCAGUAUCUGGUUUUGUAAUAUUCUAUGAUUUUCUUUUGGGGCUGGAUCCUAUGUUCUACCAUGUUCGCCUGGUCUCUGGCUUGUGUCGUAAUGGGCAGCAGCUGGGGAAGUCCACACCUCUGCCUAUUGUCUCCUCUGAUAUGGGCCACUCUCCACAGUCUCUGAUGGAUAGGCAAAGAGGGUGCUGUGCCAUCUUAGCAGCUAGACAGCCAGUCCCAAGGAUCCUUCCUUCAACCUCCAUCAGCCUGGUAGCUGAGCUUCAAGCCUCUGGAGGUUUUAAUGUUUAUAGGCAGGAAAUCCAGAAUUUGACCUCCAGAGGAUGGGCCAAAAUCAACAUUUUUGACCAUCUGCACCAAGUGAUGAGUGGGCACUGGAAAGUUCCUAUCCGAGUGCUUCCUAUAAAGCCAAGCCUUACUGAAGAACAGAUGAAUGGUGUGCCUCAGGUUGGCAAAGCCGAGCUUUAUUUGCGGCUAGUGAACUCAAGAGAUGCUGACAUGCAAUCAGUGGCUGAGAUCCAACCUGGCAAUGCUUCCCUAUAUAAAUACCCUUCUACAGCAUCCAGUUGCACAGCGCCUCCUAUUGAUUCCCCUCCAACCCAGCAUUCUUUCCAUCCUGCCCCCACCAGCCUGUCCUUUUCUGCUUCUCCUUACACUGGCUUUGUUGACCCUCCUCCUAAUCAGGAACAGCCUGUCCAGCUUAAAUCUAACGAAAGGUGAAAAAGGAGAAAUAUUAUCCCCUUUCUCCUUCCAAGAUU